GUCCCCUGCAUAUCAAACAAAACUUAUUUUUAUUUGCUCAUUCAAGGAAAUGUAAAACAAAAAUUUGAAAAUAUUUCAUAGCAAGAACAUCUUUUUAAGCAAUAUUAUUGAGAAAAAAAAAAGAUUUUUAAAUUUUUAUAGGAACUAAAAUUCUCAACUACCCGACUUUCUUGAUGAGGAUGGUUUGGAGCUUGCGAGCGAGGCCCUGCGAUCGAAUCUUACGCUCCAAAUUCUUGCGUACCAGAACUCGUUCCUCCGAGUUCUUAAUAUGAUGAGGCUGUUCCUGCUUUACCAGGCGUUCGACUCCGCCCGAUUGCAUCAACCCCCAUGUCCUCUCCAAGUUCCCGUACCUUACCUUCAGCCGUAUCCCUCUCCAUUGCUGAAUCUGAUUCGGAUCGCGACUCAGCGAGUUCACCACCUGCCUCUCAGGAGCAAAGAGACUACUACUAAAAUGCCUCGCUAUCGCGUUAAUUUCGCUUGAAGAACGCUUCACGUGUGGACUCCGAAAGAACUUUCCUUUUACUCUCGUAUCUCUUACCACCAGCAGUCACGAAAAUCCUAGUCUAAGAAGCGGAAGCACAGCUUUGGAAAGCUGGCUUACAGUCCGAAGCGAGCCAUGGCUGAGCUGAGGCACUCGAGCAGCUCGCCCGGGAGCCGAGCCACGUCUUCUCCAAGGAAACGCGACGAGGACGCCUCUCCUCUUGUCCACGAUCACAUCCCUCAAGAUGACGACGACGAUCACCCUCGCCAUUCUUUACGAGAUCGUGACCGUUCGUUUUGGUCGCAAAUUCACUCCUUUUUCCCUUUCUUUAACGACGAUCCAAGGGAUUCUCAACACGCCUCCAGGAUCUUGCUUCUCUUGAUCCUUUUCAUCGCCAUUAUUGGAUUGAUCUCCAUUUUCUCGAUCUUACAUCGAUUAAAUUCCCCUUAUUUGUGUAAAAAAGAUGGCAUUGUUCUUCACUGUCCGCGUGUUAAGGAGAAUCCUUCACUCUGGAAGAAUCCUUUCUCUGCAACUACUUCUUGGAAGCCUUGUGCUGAGCGCCGUGUUAGUGGAAUACCAGACCUUCCUCCUGAGAAUGAAACAAGUGGUUAUAUAUUUAUUCAUGCCGAGGGUGGUCUAAAUCAGCAAAGAAUUGCGAUAUGUAAUGCAGUGGCUGUGGCCAAAAUUAUGAAUGCCACACUUAUCUUGCCGGUUCUGAAACAGGACCAGAUUUGGAAAGACCAAACGAAAUUUGAAGACAUUUUUGAUGUUGAUCAUUUCAUUGACUACUUGAAGAAUGACGUGCGAAUUGUCCUCGACAUACCCGAAUGGUUUACUGACAAAUCAGAAUUAUUUACAAGUAUAAGAUGGACUGUGAAGAACAUUCCAAAAUAUGCACCAGCACAAUUUUACAUUGACAAUGUGCUGCCUCGGAUCAAAGAGAAGAGAAUAAUGGUGCUAAAACCUUUUGUUGAUAGACUUGGGUAUGAUAAUGUCCCUCCAGAAAUCAACAGGCUAAGAUGCUGGGUCAAUUAUCAUGCUCUUAAAUUUCUUCCUGAGAUUGAGCAAAUGGCAGAUUUAUUGGUCUCAAGGAUGAGGAACCGCACAGGAAGUCCAAAUCCUUACAUGGCUCUACAUCUUAGGUUUGAGAAAGGGAUGGUGGGCCUAUCAUUCUGCGAUUUUGUUGGGACCACGGAGGAGAAAGAUAGAAUGUCAGAAUACAGAAAAAAAGAAUGGCCUCGACGGUAUAAGAAUGGAUCCCAUCUCUGGCAGCUCGCACUGCAGAAGCGGAAGGAGGGACGGUGUCCUCUUGAACCUGGGGAAGUGGCAGUGAUUCUUCGGACAAUGGGUUAUCCCAAGGAAACACAGAUUUAUGUUGCUUCUGGCCAGGUUUAUGGUGGUCAGAACCAGAUGGCACCCUUAAGGAACAUGUUUCCAAAUCUGGUUACCAAGGAGGAGUUGGCAAGUAAGGAGGAGGUAGCUGUUUUCAGGAAGCAUGUAACAAGCUUGGCGGCACUUGACUUCUUGGUCUGCCUGAAGUCUGACGUGUUCGUGAUGACCCAUGGAGGUAACUUUGCUAAAUUGAUUAUAGGGGCUAGAAGGUACAUGGGUCACCGUCAAAAAUCCAUAAAACCAGACAAGGGCCUUAUGUCUAAAUCUUUCGGGGAUCCUUAUAUGGGCUGGGCAACUUUUGUUGAGGACGUGGUCGUCACCCACCAGACCCGAACUGGAUUGCCAGAAGCGACUUUCCCUAACUAUGACCUUUGGGAGAACCCCCUGACCCCGUGCAUGUGUAAAGCCUGAUAGCACGUAUUUCUUUUCGUUACUUAUUUAUUCUUGAGGAGCUUCACCGAAAGGAAACUGCAUAUCUGCAUUUGACAAAUGAAAAUUCUUUUAUCAACGAGCUAUUAGGAGGGAACAAAGCAGACCAACCAAUAAAGUUCUUUGCCUGGAGAAGAGUUGAGACUUGGGAAUGGAUUGCAGACAGGCAUUGCCCUUUGGGAGCAUGAUCGUGAGGGCUGCCUCCGCGGCCUGGACACCCAGCACUAGCAGUUUUGUCUCUAAAAACAACAGAUAGUUUUAACAUAUUUACCUAUCGAUUUUAGUAUAUUUCAUAUUUGUCACAAAAGACAGUAGAUUACUUUUUAUCUUUUAAGUAUCAGGACGACGUGUAAAAUAUUAGUGAAAUGUAGAAGGAAGAGAAAUCAUUUCCCCCUGCUCCUAUAUUUUGUCGUGGAAGGGUUUCUUGGUUACAGCCUACAUUUUAACAAAAAAAAAAAAAAAAGGUUUGCUUUAAAAUCAACAAUGGAUUUGAGCUUUCUAGGAAAGACUGGACAUGGCUCAAAAGAAACCGGGCUAGUCUUAAAGAGCAUGGCGAUGUGUUGGCUUGGUUGUUAAGUGAUAAAAUGCUCGAGACGCGAUGAAGAACCUACAAAUGUCUGAUGUUGAAGUACGUGACGUGAACAAUAAUCGACACGCCAGUACCAUAGUUGAAUAAAUGAUAUGAGAAAAUCUGAAAG